AUGGCACAAGGACAGCUCCAAGUCACAAUAGCCGAAGGGAGAAAUUUAAAAGAUCAAGAUUCACUUGGUCAAAAUGAUGCUUACAUCGAAUUAUACCUUGACAAAGAUUAUAAACAACGAACGUCAACAAAAAAAGACACCAAUUCUCCAGUAUGGAAUGAAACAUUUGUCUUUAAUCUUCAGAAAGGUCAAGAUCAUCUGAAAUUGAAAGUUUAUGAUGAUGAUGUUGUCGGAAAGGAUUCAAUUGGCUCUGCAAAAAUUAGUCAAUGUAAAAUAGAUAUGCGUUCAAAUAUGGUAAAUACAACAACUCCAAUUGUGGUAGAAGAAAAAUCGUUUCCCGAUUUAAAAUCAAGAUUACAACAAUUAGAAGUAGCUAUGGGUGUUCGACUCAAUGUUGCCAAAGGAAAAAUGAGUAGACAUUCUACAACCACAGGUGAAAAUGAAAAAAUGCAAAUUUCACCACUAUCAUCCGUUUCUUCCUCAUCAGCUAAAGUUAUGCCAUUAACUAAAGUUGUAAAAUGUCAACGUUCAUCGUCGUCGUGUGAGAAUGAGAAUAAACCGGUGAUUAAGCGUUUAAAAGCAACAACUUCGAUUGAACAGCAAGCUUCAUUUAUAAAGCAUCAACAAGAAAUGCAUCCGCCAUCUAUCUUGGCAAAACAACCAAUAUCAAGCGCAAAACCUGUACGUAAACCAGGUCCACCAUAUCUACCUACUACCGUAUCGCGUACAUCAACGCCUACAACUCCAAAAUCUGCGGUUCAAAUACCGAAAACACGUACAUCAGUAAAUAUUUUAUCGAACUCCUCAUUAUCAUCAAGCUCAAAUAAUACAAUAUCGUCACCAUCACGUUACCAAACACCAAUGUCAUCAUUAUCUUCAUUAUGCUCACCGGCUCCUCCCAUUCCCGCUCGACGUCAUUUAUCUGUCUUAGGAGAAAGAUGGACAAACGAUAUAAUCAAACACAAUCUUCUAUGGUUAAAUUUAAAUGAAUUAGAUCAAGAUGAAAUACAAGAAGUCUUAUAUCAUUUUGGAUCAACAAAAAACUUUUUACAUGAACAAUAUUUAUUUGCAAAAGCACAAAAAAAAAGUCAGUUCAAGAAGCAUAAGCAAUACGAUGGCAUUCGUUAUUUAUAA